AUGUCGAUAUUCCAGACCAACUGUACGCUGCCUACGCCAGAGUCGAGCUUCGUUGAGAGUCCUAAUGUACGCGGUACUCUUGAUAUCCUCUGGAGCUGUCUGAGUGUGCUGCUUCUGUGCACUUGGUCAAUCCAACAUCUGCCGAUUCCACACCAAUGCCGUCCUCGGAGUAUGCGGCAGCAAAUCAACAAGUUCGUGGUUCAACUAGGGAUCAAGCUACGGUGGAUGUUGGUCACGCUUAUUGCUCCAGAACUGCUGUGCGGCGUAGCUGCUGAAGAGUGGUUGACUGCUUGCAAGGCUGCCAGAUUCGUCGCUGAGAGGGUAAAGGGCGAUGGGGUCGACUGGACAUCAAGCCAUGGCUUCUUUGCCCAGAUGGGAGGCUUCAGGCUUCGAUUCCGCAACCUUGAAGCUCAAGAAUGUUGGAGGACAUGCAGCCUCACCGACGAGCCAUCAGUGGAGAAACAGAAUAUCGCUGCACCCUUUCAAGAGCCAUUGCUUGGCCGACUCAGCUUUCCACAUGCCAAUAGCUGGGGACAUAUUUCCGAGACUUCUUCGACGAUCAGUUCUCAGCGAGGUUUACUCUCAAAACCUGUCGACGUGACAAUCUGCGAGAAGAGUUUCAAGUCGGUUUCCUGGGACCUUGAUAUCAUGUCCAAACAACACUCUGCAUUGUCAUCGUCAUUUGGAACUGUUGAUUGGACUCCGGAUGCCCAGAAUGGGGCUCUCAUCGAACAAAUGAUGUUUCAACACCAGAAUCACCCUAAAGCAGGAGACGUUGCACUGACGGCCAUGAGGAUGACCACCGAUAUGUGGACGCUGAGCCUCGAACAAAUCCACCUCGCAAGGAAGUAUGGGAUCAUCGAAACAUUUCCCAACAUGAGCAAGGAGGACCUGGACGCGAUUAGCAAUAGCGAUGGCCUCGCCAAAGCACUGGCUGUGUGUCAAGUUCUCUGGCUUAUCAUCCAGAUGACAUCGCGCGCUGCAUCGUCUUUGGCCGUGUGCCAGUUGGAAGUUGCAACGGGAGCUUUCGCAAUCACUACAUUCCUCACCUAUGUCUUUUUGUGGCAGAAACCACAGGGAGUCUCCAGACCAAUCUACCUGGAGGCUGUGCGAAGACCCACAGUCGCUGAGGCUUGGGAGCUGGCACAGUGUGGUCUUGAAGAGACGAGCUCACUUCUCUAUCGUGCCAGGAGCUGGAGGCAGUCUCGCGAGCAUUUGAAAGCCAGAGCCUUCUCCAACAGGAUCAUGUUGAUUUGUGCGACAGCCCUCGGCGCAGUGCAUUGCGCUGCUUGGAAUUUCGAGUUUCCUGGAAAAACCGAGAUGUGGGCAUGGAGAGGUUGCGCAUUGGGCUCUACGAUCUUACCGCUUNUUUUAUUGGCAUGGCAUGAGCUGUACCUACGCUUCGCCUGUACGAAGCACAUGGUAUUCUCGAUUGUUAUACUAGUCGGAUUCAUGCUGUACGGGUUCACCAGACUGUUUAUCAUGGUGGAGAUGUUUCGAUGCUUAUUCUAUCUUCCUGUGGAGGCGUUUGUAACGACAUGGACGAUAAAUUUGCCGGGCAUUUCAUGA